AUGGGUGAUCCUCUCGGAUAUUCUGCGAAGGCCAAACGGCUUCGAGAGUAUCAUCGCCGUUGGAUGUCCCAGGUUGACGACACUCCGAUGCCUCCAGACGAUAUCUACCACGUCGAACUUGAGGCUGCCAAGAAAAAGGUCCAAGACGCCAACCAAGCAUGUUUAAAGGCCGCGGCUAGCGGUGAUGUUGCUUCCUCCAUCGCCUUUUUUACGCGUGCUGUAGAACAGCAAGAAGAAAUUAAGCUCCGUGUCAAACAGAAAGAGGCGGAGAACAAGGAAGAGUGCGAGGUGCGGGAGUUUCUCGAUAUAUUGGGGCGCCCCUUCUUCGAGAGGGUUUACAUCCGGUGGCUCGCCGGUCAACAGACACUGUCAACUCCGGCGCAGGAGUCUGUUGAUGAAGAGGCCUGCCCUAUCACGGCGAUCACUGAAUUGCAACUAUCUCCACAAGUACUCAGCCCUCAACAGCCUACCUCGGCAGACUCUUCAUCUGCGAUUCCAUCAGCGAUUCCCACUCCCCCUGCCGAUGAUCCCAGUCACCCCCGCACUACAAGGAACAAACAACAAGACCUUGCUGAGGGUGUUGGGCGCCCAACAUUUACUCCAUCUACACGAAAUGGAAAGCGCCCACCAUCUCCCAAGACGGUACCUGAUUCGGCCAACAAGCGCAUUAAAAAACCCGAUCGACGCGAUAGACCUACCGGACCUUUCGCAAAAAGGACAAUCACCUUUGCCGAGGUGCACGAUGACGGCAAUGCUGCCAAAAGAUAUUGGAUUGAAGAAUUCAGAUUCCACUAUUACAUUCUUGAGUGCAAAGACAAAGCUUGUAAUAUAUUGUUCGACCGCUGGAGCCCUGUACGACAUGCCAUGGCCCACCUUAAGGGACCGAAACAUCUCAAUAACCACAAGGUUUCCCUUAAUUAUGCCAAGGUACUAUCCAAGUUUGGUACACAGGUGGUGGAUUGCACCUCAGAGUUGCUUGAAGAGAACAAUAAAGUUACUUUGAGGGCCAUCAAUGGUGACGAACGAGCUCAGACCCGUGAGAGCAUUGCCAUCAAUGCAGACAACAACGAGGACUCUGCUCGUUGUGCACAUGAUGACUCUGCCGCCCCCCAGCCUGGACAGGUAUUCGAAACCAAUUACGACGAUGCUCAAAAUUCUGUAGUAUUGAUCCUUCCCUGGGAAUGCUGUGACCGGCGAGGAAUUCCACAGUGGGUACCGGAUGUCGAAAGCACUGAGCUCAUAAAAGUUUACCAUCCGUGUCACUGGUAUAGCCACAGCACCCGAACUUAUAUCUGGGCUCCGACCUACGAGCUACAUACAAGCAAGAGCGCUUUCCGGAAAUACCCGGUGAUGUAUUUCGAGGGUUCCCAAUUCCCGCAGAAUCGUUCAUUCAACUGGGUGAAUCUUCAAGACCUCACGGCGUAUAACCCUCAAGACAGUAAUGUCAGUUACAAGUCCCAGGUCGAUAAGUACCUGCAUGAACGUCGGCGCCUUCUACGCUGCAAGACUAGACCAGCAAAGGGCAGUGUUGCCGGUACCGAUAACACCGACGACGAUACUUCUGCGACAGAAAGCUCCGAUGACAGUCCUUCAGCGGGUACACCUAACUCUUCUCCCGGCAUUGAACCAUUAAGUAUGACCGGAGAUCGAGUAGUCCGGCGCCCCGUGUUUCGCGCGCCCAAUCCCUCAUCUUCUUACGGUAUCGGUCCACGUUCAUAUGGGGAGCCCAGUCGAGCCAGUGGCCAUUUCUCAGACUCUGAGCAGCAUGCCGACCAGAUGGAGGUUGAUUCUCGGACCAUCAGGGACAGCGAAGACAGCUGUCUCUCCAAGACUACUACACAUGAGAACGGGCCACAUUCCAGAAGCACAUUGCAAUGCGGUCCCGCCGUCAAUCGUCACGGUCCCACACAUCAAGAGGACGAGAAUAUGUUCAUGAGUGAUGAUGCACAUGCUGGACCUAGCUCUGCACGUGCUGUGGUCCCGAGUGAGGCACGAGCCAAUCCUAAAAUGCAGGCAUGGGAUGAGACGAUGGCGGCCCUUGACAACGUGUUGAACACCGUUUCCUCUACAUCUAAAACUGCCCAAAAACAGGGGUGA